AUGCCACCAAAAGCUAAAAAAGGUAAAUCAUUAGAAGAAAAACAAAAAGAUUUAUUAGAAUGGUUUCAAUCAAAUCAUGAUUUUUAUCCAUUGAAAGAAAUUGAACAAAAAGCAAGUAAAAAUUGUAAAAUUUCAUCAAUUCAAAUUAAAGAAUUAGUUAACAACCUAGUUAAUGAAGGAUUUAUUGAAGUUGAAAAAUGUGGUACUACUAAUUUAUAUUGGAGUUUUAAGUAUAAUCAAAUUAAAUUGAAAGAAGAUAAGUUAACUAGAUUAAGUGAAGAAAUUAAAGAAAAUAAAGAUACUUCUAAAGAACUAGAACAAAAAUUACAAGUUUCAGAAGAAGAAAGAAGCACAGACAAAAUGCCAGAUAGAGAUGAGAAAGUCUUAGAAUUAGACACAUUAAGUAAAGAAAUUGCUGACUUAAACUCAAAAUUGAAUCAAUUAAGUUUAGUUAAUAAUGUUGAUGAAAUAAAGUCAAAAAUCGAAUUUUAUAAUGAUCUGAUUGAAACAUUGUUGAGUUAUUUAAGUCAAAGAAGUGGGUUCAAAAUUGAUGAAUUAAAACAAGAAUUUAAUAUACCAAUGGAAUUAGAAGAUAUUCCAGGAUUGAAAUCUUGA